GAAACCAGUGUUGUGCACGAGCGCUUUUAUAAAGAGCAUCUGUCUGAUUUACGUGGAUCGACCUAAAAAGUAAAGAUUGAUCCUGUAGGAUAAACCGCGAACAUCUAUGCGACAGGUAUGACAUUUUUUUGUCACUAUGAAGGUUGACUGGUUAUUCACUUAAGUGGCCCUUGUGGCCAGGAUCAAAAUUCUCAAUCGUAGGAGGAAAUUUAUCUUACUUCAGAAGUCUUAAAGUUAAGUAGGAAGUGAGUAACAGAGAGUACGAAGAAUGCCAAAAGCGCCCUUACACAGCGCCCUAGAGGCGGCUAAAAAAGGAGAUUUACAACGACUUCAAAUGCUUCGCAAGAACCAUCAACUGGCACCUCAUAUCCAAGAUGCUUUUGGUGCCUCAUCUAUUCAUUUUGCAGCACGUGGAGGUCAUCUCAAAGUGUUGGAAUUUUUAGUGAAGAAAUGUGGAAUGAGAGCAAACACCCGGUCGUUUGUUGGCGCCACACCAGCACACGACGCAGCAGCCAUGGGGAAACUAAACGCCCUUGUGUGGCUAUUGAAACACACUGACUGUACUUUAUGGGAUAGGGACAAUGAAGGAGCCACUGUAUUGCACGUUGCUGCCAGGUACGGCAACCGUAAUGUUAUUAAGUGGCUAUUGCGGGAAGCCAAGAUGCCGGCCUUAGAGAAGACCUAUAACAAUGCUCUAGCUCUGCACUUUGCAGCAGCUAAGGGAUGCUUGGAUUGUGUGAAGCUGUUGUUGGAGUCUUGUCCUGAACUUAGUGCCAACGCCCAAAUGGAGAAUAACGUAACGCCAGUUUAUCUGGCGUCUCAAGAAGGACACCUGGAUGUUUUGAAAUAUUUGGUGAUAUCUGCAGGUGGCUCCCUUUCUUUGCGGGCAAUUGAUGGCAUGGCUCCAAUCCACGCUUCUGCCCAGAUGGGAGCAAUAAAGUGCCUGAAAUGGAUGGUGGUCGAACAAGGAGUGGAUCCCAACACAAAAGACAAAGAUGGUGCCACUCCACUCCAUUUUGCUGCCAGCAGAGGCCAUGUUCAUGUCUUGAGAUGGCUUUUAAAACACGGUGGGCGAAUUUUAUUGGAUAAAUUAGGGAAAAGCCCACUUAAUGAUGCAGCAGAAAAUGAGCACGUGGAGUGUUUUGCUGUUUUGACGGCGCAUACUUCAGAUCCUCAAUAUCAGGUUGAAAUGUCAACAACCACGACACCUGGUGUUAUACCAUCAUUUCCUGUUCAGCGUUGUUGUUUAUCUUGUCGAGAACAGUCACAAUACAGCCGUCCUUCUACCUCUCAUAGCUCCGACGGUUGUUCAUAUCUAUCUACUACGUCAGACGAAACCAAUUCCUGGUCUAAUGGCCAUCCGUCGGACGUCACUGGUAGUAACCGUCAGUCACUAAGAGGGAGGACUUCACAACGACCCAAUCAUCAUCACUCACUUAUUCCUACAAGCAAUUGUAAUUUAUGCGGUCUAGACGAAAAAAAGGACCAGAAGCAUUGUCAUCAUCAUCAUAAAUGCUCUCAUCAUAGACAAUUACCAGAAUGCGAUGUGAGUAACACUGAGAUUACGAACGGUCAUCAAAGAUCAUCCAGCAAUGAAAGUUCUCGAAGUUCUCACAUGGAGACUUACGAAAAACCAUUCUCAGCAGGCCCAGUUGCAGCUAGCCAAGAGCCUUUCUACCUGCAUGAACCUAACAUGACUCCAGAAGAUCGAGUGAAAAACAUGUUCAAAGAUACAUCUGGUGAUAAGCAAGAGCAAUCAACUGCGGACUCUUCUGUUUCAAAUCCUAACUCAUCAAGCAGUAUAACUACUAUAAAUGUGAAUGUAGAAGUCUACCAACCGGCUUCGGAUGGCGAAACGAGUAUAUCUGAAGCUAGUGAACCAGUUCUAGAAUACGAUGACCCUGUGAUCAGUAAAAAAACUGAUAAAAGUCAAAUACUGCUUGAAGGCUUUUCCGAGAAACCGUCUGAAGCCUGUAGUAUAAGUACAGAUGAGAAGAUGUGUCCAGAAGUUCAAAAUGAAAGACCGGAAGACCAAGAUGAGAGUAUUUCUUCUAGUUGUCCUUCGGAAAUGAAAGAACUAAAUAGCACGGAGGAAUCUCCUGACAUACAUCCAGGAGAAAAAGAUGCUGAAAACGAACCACUUACUGUUUCAAGAAUUUCAAAUCAGGAAAAGGAUAUCGAAACUCCUAAAAAUCCUCCUCAUGCCAACUGUGCAUUUACUGGUCCAGAGGAGAUUGUAGAUUUACCUAAAGUUGGAAAAAUAAAACAAAUCUUUGACUCCCAAAUAGAACCCAAGAUCAAACCCCUUUUAGAAGAAAGAAAUGGUUACUCUACAAAUAUCCUGGAAAGUGGAGAAGAGUCGUAUUCUAAAAGAGAUUCCAAGGAAGUAGCGGAACGGGUUCUUUCCAUUCCAGUUUCCUUAUCUACCACUCCAUUUUUUCCUACACCACCUCCCCCACCUCUUCCUCUACCUUUAAGUAAGAGUAAUCUUAAUGGACAAAUAGAUUCUCCAAGUUCUACUGUUAGACCAAAAUCGACUGUUGGUCUCGAAAAUGAGAAGAGCGGAGUACCCGAACGACCAAAGUCCAUGCCUCCAGACAAUUUGACCAGUAAUGAUGAUAACAAUAAAACUAGGAACAACAAUAAGCCUCAAGAAUUGGAAGAAAUGGGUAGCUUGAAACUCAAGCUAUCUAAGUUAUCUCCCCCACUAGCACAAAGCGGGUUCAUUCUACCUCAGUUUGAAUCAAUGCCGAAAUCUGACAUGAACAUCAAACCUUCUGAGUAUCUGAAGAAAUUAGCAAACAAAACUGCUCCGUCUUUCCCUAUUCCAAAGAUAGGGAAAAUACCUAGUGUUCUCCUUGGAAGCCCCGAAAAAACUGCAGCCAAAAAAGAAAUGGAAGAUAAAUUAUCGUCUGUCAUUACUUCUCCAACAUCACUGCAGUUGCAGCAGAAGACUGAUUGUAUCUCAGAAAAUAGCUUAACCAAAUCUGAAACAAAAAGUGUACCUGAGACCACAACGGACAACAAUAAGAAUAUUAUAGCUAAUGAACCAAAAACAAGUAUCGAUAAAACAAUACCACAAGUACCCCCACCACCGCCUAGUGGAUCUCUUUUCAAUUUUGCCAAAUUUUAAUGUGACCAAGGAAGCACUUCAGUCGGUUAACCUGAAGAAAACGGAAAAACCAGCAAAUACAACUUCAAAAGAACAAACCGUUCUUCCGCAAAAAAACGAUUCUAUCGUGGAGAAAAAGAGGGACUUGAUCGCCGAACUGAAGAAAUCAAAGGACAUUCAAGGCGUCAAGAGAAUGAAGGAGGAACGCCAAAAAAUGGAAGA